UGGACAACCGCAGCUCUUAUUUUAAGCUGCAUCCUUUUGGGUGAAGCCUGUAAUAUCUGUGUUCCUAGACAACUCUGCCUAAAAAGUGACGACAUUAAUACUGCGAGUUGUCUUUCCAAUCAAGUCUGUUGUGAAAUGCUCCACGGCGGAUUGACAGCAGUGGAGCCGAGAUGGACAACAGUAGAGCCCUAUCCAAGCGGAUUAGAACAGGACGGUCUGAGCAAUCCAAACGGAUUGGAUACCACAAAGUAUACGGCCAAUGAGCAAUCAAAGCCUGGACAGUUUCCCUGGGUGGUGGCUCUGUUCGACAAAGAUGAGUAUUUUGCCGGCGGUUCCCUGAUUAGAACAGAUGUUGUACUCACAGCUGCCCACAAGGUAGAGAACAGGAACGCCAAUUAUAUAGUGGUCAGAGCUGGCGAAUGGGACAUGGGCUGCAAAACAGAGAGUUUUAGUUAUGAGGAACGUCAAGCAUACGAGAUCACGAAACACGAAAACUUCCAUUAUCGAACUGGUGCCAACAACGUAGCGCUUCUCUUUCUAACCUCGCCUUUCGAUUUAAAGGACCACAUCAGAACCAUCCCGAUCCCAACACCAGGAAAUCUGUACGAUGGACGUCGCUGCACUGUUGCCGGUUGGGGUAAGACAACGGUCGGUGAUCUGGAUAACUCCAACAUUCUCAAGAAAUUCGAGCUACCAAUACUAAAGAGAGACCAAUGUGAGUUGCAGUUGAGGAGAACGAGGUUGGGCUGGCACUAUAGGUUGCCUGAGAGUUUGAUUUGCGCCGGAGGUGAGCCUGGUAAGGAUGCCUGCCUAGGAGAUGGAGGAUCUCCUUUAUUCUGCCCCGCGGAACAAUCAGAUCGCUACGAGCAGGUCGGCAUUGUAUCCUGGGGCAUGGGAUGUGGACUGGAUGGUGUUCCCGGAACUUACACGAAUGUGGCUGUGUUCAACGAGUGGAUUAACAAAAAAAUGAUACCUUUUAUCUACAGAUUGGGACAGGGAACGGUUUCACCCGUACGCUAAUAAAGGGCUUUUGCACUAGCAGACAGACAGAUAACCUCAUAUGCUAUCUCUAAACAAAAGAAAACAAAUUCUUAUAAAUAUUGUUUUUCAAUUUUUUCG